UUUGUAGCAUCGUUCUUAUAUUUCUGUGAAGUAUAUCAUAAAUAGAGAUAAAAAAAAAUUUAAAACAGUUUUGUUCAUUCAAGUUUCACUCUUUUACAUCUUAAGCACAGGUCAAAGGUCAAGAUGUCAUCUGCCGCACCAUUGGUUCAUAACGAUCAAAGUGAUGUUAUCAUCAAAAUCGGAGAAAAUUCGUACUUGAGUGAGGAGAUGGCCGAUUUUCACUUCAAAUUUGAGAUCGCUGAUGGUCAAUAUGAACGUGUUCCAGCGCAUAAGAUAUUUUUGAUCACCGCUAGUGAUGUAUUUCGUACGAUGUUCAAUGGAACGUGGGAUGAAAACGAUGAGGUUGAGAUUGUCGAUGCGUCCGUCGUUGAGUUCAAGGAAUUUCUUCAAUUCUUCUAUUUGCAACAAGUGAAAGUUUCAAUCAGCAACGUUGCCAGAGUCAUGUACCUCGGAAAUAAAUACAACAUCGCCCAGUGCUUGAGUGUUUGUGAGAGAUUCAUCAUAAACACACUGGAUGAGAACAAUGUGUGCUGGGCGUAUGAGCUGGCAAUCGUUUAUGAUCAAACAAAGCUGAAGAAAUAUUGUGAAACAUUCAUCGGAAUCAAUACGAAAGUAGUGCUGGCAUCGGAUAAUUUUUUAAAAAGUGACUCGAAAGUGCUGGGUCACAUUCUGAAGUUGAAUACAUUGUCCUGUUCAGAAAAUGAAAUAUUCGAGGCGUGCAUGAAUUGGGUCAAAGCAACCGCAAAGGUGGAUCAACUAACACGAGAAAUCGUUCAGGCUCAACUUGGCGAGCUUUUCUAUAAUAUUCGUUUCAAAUCGAUGACACCACAAGGAUUUGCCGCGCUUGUUCCUUCAUAUGGAUGCCUACUUUCAAAUGAUGAAUACGGUGAUAUCUCACAAGCGAUUGCCUUGCAGGACUUUCAACCGAAUAUAUUUAGCAAAAAACCUAGAAUGUCAUUUGAACAUUUUAGUUGUAAUAUGCUAAUUUGUGAACGUCUCGUAUCGACAUUUUAUUCAUCUAAGCCAUAUGUCAUUCAAAAUAUUGAGAAAACAAGAUUUUCAACAAACACACCUAUUUUUUUACUGAAAGUAAUAGCUGAUCAAACAUGGAAAUUUGCAAACAACACUUACUCUCAAAUUGAAGAACUAGCAACUGAAAUAACAAUCGUUCAAGUUCCAGAACCAGCUCAUUCUGGAGAAGAAAUUGUUCUACACAAUGAGCAGAAUAAAAUUGAAAAGAAAGAGAGGGGUAUGGCCUUAACAUUGAUCAAACCAAUUCUUAUUCAUCCUGGCCUUAUGUAUGAAAUUCGAUUGAAACAGUCACCACCUGCAGGCUGUUGCGUUAGAGCUCUCCUAAAAUCUGUAGUAAAAAUGGGAUCAAAUGUUAUAGUGCGAUUCCAUGGUGAUCCAACUGUAGGAGAAGAUAAAAAUGCAAGAGGAAUGAUUUUAAGGCUUACAUUUGGUGAAAUUUACUAACAAUAUCAGGAAUGACAGAAAUUUUCGAAAAAAUUUAAUUAAUAAAACAAGCUAAGGUAUUCCUUCUUUUACACGAAAAUAUUUGGAGUAAAUAUGGAAAUUUUUUGUGUUUAAUUUCAACAAAAAUU